UCCUUCCCGUCCCCCGUCUCCGUGUCAGUCGCCGAAGCCUGCGGCGUCGCCUAGGACCUCCAGCGCCUCAAUGUCACCUUGGCUCUUCAGCUCUCGCCUCCGCUUCAGUCUCCUCCGCCACCUACUCCGCGCCGUCGGCUGGCCCCAUGGAGUCGAUGGCGCUCCUCCUCCAUGGCUCCUCCCUCCGUCGGCUCCACCGUGGACCAACAUGGCUGGGCUCUGUCUGUUCUGCCUGCUUUGUAUCUUUAUUUUUGCCCGUUUUGGAUUAAAUCCGUUUAAGCUUAUUUCGAGUCGCUUGUGCUUAGCCUCGCGAAAGCGCAGACGUGACAGGGAGAAGGGAUAUGUAUUUAUUUAUUUUCAUUUAAUUUGCACUAUAUUCAAAUGCCGAGUUAGUUUGUAAUGCACAUUUUUUAAAGGAUGCACAAAAAUAAACAGAGCUGUAUUUUUUUGAGAAAACUUUAAGAAAUUAAGAAAUCUAUCUUGAAAUGUAUGAAAUUAACUUUAGUGGUUGUUUUAUAUUAUUACAAGAAUAUGUUUUUUUUUUUUAAUGUUUAGGAAAAACAAUAAUGCACAUUCUUAGUCUUCCGAAUCCAGGUUAUAAAUGACACUACCGUUGCACCUCACACUGGACUUAAUGUCUCAUGUCUUGUCAGGCGAAACAGCGCUGACGUUAUCGCUGAGGUUAAGUUUGGCAGCACUUAUACAUUACAGAUGGCUGAGAAUCGCAGACUUUCUAGUGCUAGUGUUGACAGCAGUGCCACUGAUCACAGCAUGGAUCAACCAUCUAGUUUGACCAGAGUGUUAAAAAACAUGGAUACACCAAGCAGAAAGAACUUGGACAAGGGAUUUCAGGAAAAGUGUUUCUGAUUACUGACACAGAUGGAGAUUGCUAUGUGGUCAAACAGAUGAAUUCAAGAGAUAGGAAGGAGCUGGACAGAGUGCAACAGGAAGUCAAUAUCUUGAAGAAAAUAAACUUUGGAUAUAUUGUUUCUUAUGUGGAUUCUUUUGAAGAUAAAGAAGCUGAACUCUUUUAUAUUGUGAUGGAGUAUUGUGCAGGUGGAAAUCUUAAUGAAAGGAUGAAAUUACAGAAAGAGAGAGCUGUUGUUUUUGAAGAACAAGAGAUUCUUGACUGGUUCGUUCAGAUUUGUCUGGCACUGCAGUAUAUUCAUGAUGAGAGGAGGAAUAUUUUUCACAGAGAUAUCAGUCCUCAGAAUAUUUUUCUGACUGAAGAUGGGUACAUCAAUCUAGGGGAUUUUGGAUACUCAAAAGUGCAGAAAAGAGCACAUUUUUAUCAAUGCUCAGUUAGAGGUGCAGAGCUCUAUCAGAGCCCAGAAGUCGAUGAGAACAUGUAUACUUCCAAAAGUGAAAUUUAUUCACUGGGAUGGGUGCUCCAUGAUCUCUGCAUGUUGGAUGUGUGGUCAGAUGUUAAAAAACGUCGCUUUCAAAAAGCCUCCCACGAUGUGGGACACCUCCUUCAGUUCUCAAAUAUAUAUUCUUCAGAGCUAAAGGAAUUAAUCGAAGACAUGCUCAGUUGUGACCCUACAACCAGACCUUCAGUUGAUGACAUUUUAGCAAAACCAUUCUUAAAAGGUGUUGUAAACAGACACAAGAUGAUUCCAGAAGCACUGAAUAAAAGGUUCAUGAAGUCCUUACAGAUUUUUGAUGAGGCCUACAAAGAGCACUACGAUCAAUUUACAGCUUUAGUUAAAGAGUGGGGAGAAAAAACCGAUUCACUUGAGAAGGUGCAUCAUAAAUGUACAGCAGGUGCUCUGUCCGGUUCAGUGAUUGGAGCAGCUGGAGGAAUCACCGCAGUGGUUGGUGCAGUUUUGGCGCCUUUCACUUUUGGAGCCUCUCUGAUCGUCACGGGUGUUGGUGUUGGAGUUGGAGUUGCAGGUGGUGUAACAGGUGCUGCUUCCAGCAUUACCAAUACGGUCAAACAAAAGUCACUCCGUGAGAACAUUGAAAAAAUACAGCAGGGCUUUACAGAUGUAACACCAGUUCUCGAAUCACUGAAUUCAGUGAGAAAGGUACUUAGAGUAAUCCAACAAUUCAAGGAUUUUGUCAGUGACUCGUCGGACAAUGUGCAAAUGUCACACAGUGUAGAGAAAAUAAAAUCAGUGUGUGCCAUUGAACUUAUGAAUCUACUUCUGCUAGCAAAUGUCGGCAGGUUUGCUGCUCAAACUGCCAGAGUAGGACGAGCUGCAGCAGCAGCAACAGCUGCGGUGACAGGAGUGUUGAGUGGAAUCCUAGUCAUUGUUGACACCGUCUUCAUAGUGAAAGACUCCAUAGACAUUCACCAGAUGAGAAAGGGAAAAGUAGAUGAUCCAAAAAAUGUUAAGUCGAGUUUACUUAAGUCCAUUGCUGAAAUGAGGAAAGCGCACAAAGAUCUUUGCAAUGUCUUAAAGGAAAUUAAAGACACAAGAGACGAACUAAACGACUAUAUAGAAGUGGCCAGGCUUGAAAGAGAUUUAUACAGAGACUUUGAGAGUUUAAACAUAUAAAUGUUAUGAUAGCAGACUUAUGCAACAUCCUAGAUUUGUCUAUAAGCCUUAGUGGAGAAAAUGGUCUAUCGCCCUGUUUGGACGGGACUUGUUUUACAGGGGGUCGUUAGCGAAAUUUGUGUUUCACAAGCCCUAUUCGGGAUUAAUAUUAUCUAGGGAUGUUGUGCGAUCUAGGCCCAUGUGAAUAUAGCUCUAAAUGCACUUGGUGAUUUUUAAUAUUCCAAAGGAAAAUCUACUGAAAAUCAAACUAAUCCCAUUUGAUUGCGAUGUCUGUGAUUUCUGGUGAUUUUUAAAUGUGUUUUUCACAACACAUUUUUCCUUGUUUGUUUUGACCAAUGUGAAUUGGCCAAAUUGGAAUUGGAACGUGAGCACAUGUUUGAUCUAAUAAUGUAAAAAGGGGACAUUAAAAUCAAGAGGUUGAUCACAACAACUCAGUCAGGUACAAAUAGCAGUCAAACGAUAGAUGUAUCACGUAGGGGGUCAGACUUUUGCAAUGAUUCUAUACUGUAAAUAUUAGCUUAUAUAUCAAAAGCUUUUAAUAUAAAAAGAUGGUGCACUCCAGUUGAAUAGUAUGGGAAUAUAUUGGACUUAAUGUUUAAUAGAUGCCCACACAAUAAAUUUAUGCAUGUAUCUUACUAACCACAAAUGCCUUUUAAUUUGAUUCUGUGAAUUUCUGUAUUAAAUGAUUGAGCAGCAUGUUUGCAAAUAAAAAUGUUCUGUUCUGCAUUAAAAUAUCAUAGAUGAUCAUAGUGUGCAUUAGUUUACAUCACUUCUGAAUCAAUUCUGUUUGAUUCAGUUAAAUUUUGAGAUUUUUGUUCCACCCUUUAAGCCUUGCCCAACAAGUAUGUGCUUCACUCAAGCUAUUUUAAUUUACCACUGUAUCUAGGUUCUAUAGUGUAUCUAUAUAUUUGGUUGACUCUAUUUUAUUCUGAUAAUGGACAGGACGCAGUGUAGCGCACAAGGUGCCUGUGCAAUGGAAAAGCGCAAAUAAAAUAAGCCAUCAUUU